AUGGUGGAUGUCUCGCGCGUGCAGAAGGAGCUCACCGAGUGCAAUCGCGACCGGGAGGUGUCGGGCGUCUCCAUCGCGCUCCACGACGGCGCCAACAUCUCCCACCUCACCGGCACCAUCGCCGGGCCCGCCGACAGCCCCUACGAGGGCGGCACCUUCAUCAUCGACAUCCGCCUCCCCGGUGGAUAUCCUUUUGAGCCUCCGAAGAUGCAGUUUGUCACCAAAGUAUGGCACCCUAACAUCAGCAGCCAAAAUGGAGCAAUUUGCUUGGACAUUCUGAAAGAUCAGUGGAGCCCAGCCCUUACCUUGAAGACAGCGCUCCUUUCCCUUCAAGCUCUGCUUUCUUCUCCUGCACCUGAUGAUCCUCAGGAUGCUGUUGUUGCGCAACAGUACCUGCGUGACUAUCCAACAUUUGCUGCUACGGCUCACUACUGGACAGAGGCCUUCGCAAAGAGUGCGUCAACUGGCAUGGAAGAGAAGGUGCAGAAGCUGGUUGAGAUGGGCUUCCCAGAGGAUCUGGUGAGAAGUACCCUGAAGAGCGUCGAUGGCGACGAGAACAUGGCUCUCGAAAAGCUCUGCUCUGGGUGA